UUUUGUGUUUUUAUUUUGGAGGUGGGGUUGUUAAUUUUAGCCGUUUCUUUGGCAUAUUUAUAUUCUUUCCUUGUUUAUGGUAAUUUUGAUCAGUUUAAGUUGGAGUUUUCUUGCUGUUUUGUUAUGAGAAAAUAGUUAAAAGCAAAGGAUUGUCAAUAGUAUGCUGUGAAUUACUGAAAGGGUGUAGUAUGAUUUUGUAGAAUUAUGGACUAGUCAUCAUUUUUAUAGGUGGCUAGUAAUUAAAACUGUGAAAGGUUGGGGUUGAGUUUGGCAAUAUUAGAUAAUCAGGUAGAACCACCUUCAAGUUCUGAUUUUUAUCCUUUCUCAUAUUGGACAUACAAGGACGGCUCUAAUUACUGUUCCAGCUAGUGUUUUGUGAUGGCCAUGGAUGCAAAAGGCAUAACUUGGGUUGGAAACAUAUUCCAGAAGUUUGAGGACAUUUAUGUGGACGUGGAAGACACAAUGUUGGAGGAAACCGUUAAGUACAUAGGGAAUCAGAUGCAGACUGUUGGGGAAAGUGUUAAAAAGAUCUAUUCAGAUGUCAUGCAAGAUUUACUUCCUCCGCCUUUAUAUGAUUUGGAUGAAACAUCAGCCUCUGAGUUGCCAAUAGAUCAAUAUAUUGACGCUGGAUUCUCUAAUAAGUCAUUUCAAGGUUCCAAGAAAAUAACUGUAAAGGAUGAUACCAACCAAACAACUGAGGAUUCAAGGAUCAAACAUGAUGUUGAUAAUGAUGUAAUCCAUGCUAAAUCCGGUGAUUCUGAUGCUUUGUUCACAUCAGCUUCUUGCAACUCUGUCAAAGGGAAUAGUUUUAUUUCACAUGCAAGACAAUACGUUGGUAGCACAGAUAUUAGAUCAAACCUCGGUGGUGAUGAAAAUCGACAAAAUAAAAGCAUGCCUGCUUCCAAGACAGUCAGUGAAAUCACUUUGUCAAAAGCAGAUACAUGCAGUACAUCACAAUCAUGUGAACUCUCCCGGGUAAAUCAAAAUCAUGCAGCCACUGUUUCAAAGGCAGCUUUUGCUGAAGUAACUACCAUUACCUCUGUAGAUGACUGUUGCAAUGAAAUUGAAAAUGCAAGUACUGAAGAAAUCCCCAAUGUGCUGGUAUUGGCAGCUGAAUCAGCCGAAGAGAAAGAGAUGCAUGUUAGUUCAUAUUCCUCCAGUGACCUAUUUGGAGAUCCAUAUGGGGUCACUAUGGUCGGAACAUUUGAGCCUGACAAUUAUUCUUACCCCACAACCAUUGCAUCUCAUCCAGAAAUCACAGAAACAUGGGAUUUGGAUGUACCAAAGAUUGGUACUAUUAUUGUAGAGCAAGGCCAUAAAACCAUACAGCAAGAUGAUGAACUGAAGCUUGAGGAAACUUGUGUUAUGGUGACUAGAGAUGAACUUGAAUCAGUUGCCAUUGCACUGGGUAAUCUAAUAACUAGCAAGAACAAGAAGAGGCAACCCUUUUCUUUGUCCAAGAAGGCUGCAAGGAGGCAAGAGUAUGAGAAGCUUGCAAUAUUGCAUGGGAACAAUGAAAUAGAAAAGGGUGAUUUUGCAGAGAAUUUAUGUCCAACUUUACAGGAUGAUCAUAAGAAACUACUGCUUCCUGAUAUUUCUGAACCUGAGUGGGAGCUUCUCUAAGUACCAGGAUGAUUAAGUUGUGUAGAUACACAACCAACCCUACAGAUUCUACAUCCACUUCUUAGUCCUUAUGAAGGAGAUUGACAUGUCCUAUUGCAACAAAGAUUCAAUGCCCCACAAUACCUAUUAUGUUACCACAAUUACUUUCCUAUGAUAUCUGAUGUCCCAUUCCCAAAAUGCCCUCCCCCACCCCCUCUUUUGUUUUCAGCUUGAAAAAAAAAUAACGAAAAAAGGAGCCUCAGUUGAUCAUUUAAAUGAGAACCUCCAAAUACAGUAGUUAAAGUAGCUUGAGACCAAUUAUAUAUGGAGCACUAAAUGCGGCAUAUUUUAUUUUCUCUGUUGACAUUGCCCUUUUGUUUGAUUCCUAAGUUCAGAUACAGCAUUUCUGUAUCUACUUUUAGAGGACUUCAAAUGCUUUAUCAUUAAUGAUAAAUAUCUUAGAUAUA